AUGAUGACUCUACAAGAUUUGACCCACGUUGAAGUACGAAACCAGAAGGCCGCCCGCACCCCGAAGAAGACGUGCCCGAAAUGUAAAAUGCAAGUGCCCGUGGCCCGUCAGCGUUGUGAAAACUGUCCUCACCAGUUCAUCAGCAACGCAGCCCCGGACCGCGAAGCACGCAAGGCAGCCCGCAAGGAGAAGAAGCGGCUGCGCGCCCACCGCGACGGCAUACAAGCCGCGGCGAAGCGGCUGCGCGCAGCGGCCAACGAGCGAGCGGCCAACGCGCGGGAGACCGUCGAUUUCGCGCCUGAUCUGGCGACGCACGGAUCCUCGCACGAGUGCCGCGGCGCCCACGUGGCCGCUCCGACGGAAGGGAUGGCGCUUGCGCGCGAGGCGCUAGAUGUCGCGCCGGCGGAGCCAACCGUUUUCGAACCGACAGUUUUGGCCGCAGUGCCGGAGACGCCUGCGUCUGCGCCAGAGGCGCCCAUGCCGAUGGAUGUCGCGCCGGAUGUGCCGGUCGCCUUGCCGGAUGCGCCAGCCGUCGCGCCGGAGGCGCCCAUGCAGAUUGAUGUCGCGCCGGAGGCACCUGCUCCCACGCUGUAUCCGCCUGCUCCCGCUUUGGAGGUAGCCGCCGCGCGUGAGCGCGCCAAGUACCAGGAGAUGCAGCGGUCUCUGAGGCAAGAGGUCGCUAUGUGGAAGAAGCGGUCGCAGCGGUUAAGUCGUGGGUCGUGCGUGGUGAUAAAUGAGCUGGCAUUGCUGAUCGAGGGAGGAGGUGACGAACCAGAUCUCCACGAGCACAGCUGGGGGAGCGAGAAGGAGGUCGCAAAGAGCGGACCGUGGAAGUUGGAUCCAAUUAAAAAUUCUGUCUACAAGACGCAUCCAAGGAAGGAAGAGGCUAUUAGGCUCUACCAAGACUGGUCGAUUCGCGUCAUUCAAUGCUUCUUGAGGCUUGGGUACGACAUCGACAUCGGCGUGACGAAGCAAGCUCCGUUCGUCCGCUUGGGCCAGAAAGAUCCGAGCAACGGAACCAAGAAACGCAUGUUCGCCCUUUUUCAAGUCGAGGGCAAGGGUACUGCACAGAAAAUCGAGACGGAUUUGCAAGCAUACGUCAAGAGGCUCAAAUACGAGGGCUUCACAAAUACAUUGAAGGCUGCUGGAAACGGCGUGCACGAAGCCAUGAAUACGAUUUACCUCGUCUUCUGGAUGAAAGACGAAGAAACGCCCCCGGUCGCUCCCGAUGCACGACCUCGCGGAAUGGCGGCGCGCGCUAGCGCGCUUGUUCAGUCCACGCUGUCCGGUUUUCUGAAGUGACUGGGUUGUUCGUCAGCAGGCGGUCAUGGCGUCGCAGUGCUGGUCGUGGUUCUAUUUGGGGGUUGGUUAUAAAUCGGAGUAAUUCCCCUCUAUGUAAAACCCGUGCACUACUGGGUUUGAUUAAGGGCGAGUACCACAGAUCACAAAUUACUCGUCGACGACCGCACGGAGAACGAUGGCCCGCCGCGUGGCGUGUCCGCGGCGCGCUUUAGCAGAUCCGCCACGACGCCCUUGAGCGAUGCGUUGAAUUGGUCGAGGCCACCAAAGCCCGCUUCGAUGGUCGCUAACCCAAAAAAAUGGCUAUGAAUACAGAUUGUUUGUUCCUGGAAUUUUUCAAGUAGAAUUGUUAAAUCAAUUUGGUCGGCGCACGAGGACAUUGACAUGGCCUAUCAAGGCGACGUCGAAAUCAUCCACAACUGGCGCGAGGAGCACUCCAUCGAGGACCUCCAGCGCAUCGUCGAGCGAAAGGGCUACUCGGCCUUCUCCGUGGGCAGCUUCGACUUGGAUUUGUGA